AUGGUCCUGAGUGGAGCGCUGUGCUUCCGAAUGAAGGAUGCAGCGUUGAAGGUGCUCUACUUGCAUGAGAACCAGCUCCUGGCUGGAGGGCUGCAUGCAGGGAAGAUCAUUAAAGGUGAAGAGAUCAGCGUUGUUCCAAAUCGGUCACUGGAUGCUAGGUUCUCCCCAGUCAUUCUGGGCAUCCAGGGAGGGAGCCAGUGCCUGUCGUGUGGGACAGGGCAGGAACCAAGUCUGAAACUAGAGCCAGUGAAUAUCAUGGAGCUCUACCUCAGUGCUGAAGAAUCCAAGAGUUUCACCUUCUACAGGCGGGACACUGGGCUCACCUCCAGCUUUGAGUCAGCUGCCUACCCAGGCUGGUUCCUCUGCACUGUGCCUGAAGCAGACCAGCCCCUGAGACUCACCCAGCUCCCCAAGGAUGAUAGUUGGGAUGCCCCCAUCAUAGACUUCUACUUUCAACAGUGUGACUAG